CGUGGCACGCUUCAAGUGCAAUCUGGCCGACGUUGCCAUUUCCGUUUUGCUUCGUAUCAACAAGGUCGAAAUGGUUGCCAACGCGACUGCCAAGGUGGCCGCGGUUGUCGCCGCCGGCGCCUCGGACGCCACGGCCUUUGGCCUCAUCAUCGGCGCGUGCGUCUUUGGUCUCCUCUUUGCGGGCUUCCUCUUCUGGCAAGUGUCCAAGAUCCAGGUCACGCGCCGUGGCGAGACGUACGAGCUUCUCUCGCAGGAGUCGCGCGGCCAGACCGCCGACCGUCUCUUUGAGAUCUACACGGCCAUCCAGCAGGGUGCCAAGGCCUUCCUCCUCGCCGAGUACACGCUCUGCUUUGGCUUCAUCGUCGUCUUUGGCGUCGUCGUCCUCGUCCUCACCUCGUAUGUCAACAAGCCCGACCAGGCGUUCGACUGGACGGUCGGUGCCUUGACCGCGACCGCCUUCGCCGUCGGUGGCCUCACCUCGAUCGUCGCCGGCUACAUUGGCAUGAUGGUCGCUGUCUACUCGAACGCCCGCACGACGGUCUCGGCCAUGAAGGAGGGUGCCGACGGCUGGCGCGAGUCGUUCAACACGGCCUUCCGCGCCGGUGGUGUCAUGGGCUACGCGCUCACGUCGCUCGCGCUCAUUGUGCUCUUCGUGCUCAUCAUGGCCUUCGAGACGGUCUACCCGCUCGCCACGGACGCCAAGCGCCUCUUCGAAGCCGUCGCCGGCUACGGUCUCGGCGGCUCGUCGAUUGCCCUCUUUGGCCGUGUCGGCGGUGGUAUCUACACCAAGGCGGCCGAUGUCGGCGCUGAUCUUGCCGGCAAGGUCGUCGAGAACAUCCCGGAGGACGACCCGCGCAACCCUGCCACGAUUGCCGACAACGUCGGUGACAACGUCGGUGAUGUCGCCGGUAUGGGCUCGGAUCUCUUCGGCUCGCUCGCCGAGGCGACGUGCGCUGCGCUUGUCAUCUCGACGCAGUCGUCGGCCAUCAUCAAGGCUGGCUGGGCCGCGACGCUCUUCCCGCUUGAGAUCACGGCCGUCGGCAUCUUUGUCUCGGCUGCCACCUCGUUCCUUGCCACCAACGUCUGGCCCGUCAAGAAGGAGGCCGACGUCGAGCGCGUGCUCAAGAUCCAGCUCUUUGUCGCCACGACGCUCAUGACGCUCCUCAUUGCGCCGCUCGCCAACGCUGUCCUCCCCGCCAAGUUUGUCAUUGCCGGCGCCGUCUCGUACGAGGCCACGCCCUACACGGCCUUUGGCUGCGUCGCUGUCGGCCUCUGGGGCGGCUGCAUCGUCGGCUUUGUCACGGAGUACUUUACGUCGCACUCGUACACGCCCGUGCGUGAGGUUGCCCAGUCGUGCGAAACCGGCGCGGCCACCAACAUCAUUUACGGCCUUGCCCUCGGCUAUAAGUCGGCCAUCAUCCCGAUCACGAUCAUCUCGAUCGCCGUGUACGUUGGCUUCUCGGCCGCCGGCAUGUACGGUGUCGCCCUCGCCGCCCUUGGUUUCCUCGGCACGCUCGCGACCUGCCUCGCCAUUGACGUCUACGGUCCCAUCUGCGACAACGCCGGUGGCAUUGCCGAGAUGGCCGAGCUCCCCGCCGAGGUCCGCGACAAGACGGACGCGCUGGACGCUGCCGGCAACACGACCGCUGCCAUCGGCAAGGGCUUCGCCAUCGGUUCGGCCGCGCUCGUCUCGCUCGCCCUCUUUGGCGGCUUCGUCACGCGCAUUGAGGAAACCUCGAUCAACAUUUUGUCGCCCAUUACGUUUGCCGGCCUCUUCAUGGGCGCCAUGCUCCCGUACUGGUUCACGGCCAUGACGAUGAAGUCGGUCGGUGUCGCUGCCAUGGAGAUGGUCAAGGAAGUCAAGCACCAGUUUGCCACGAUCCCGGGUCUCCUCGAGGGCCUCCCCGGCCACGGCCCCCCGGACCACGCCCGCUGCAUCAAGAUCUCGACGGAUGCCUCGCUCCGCGAGAUGAUCCCGCCGGGUCUCCUCGUCAUCCUCUCGCCCAUCAUUGCCGGUACCUUCUUUGGCACGCGCGCGGUCUCGGGCCUCCUUGUCGGCGCGCUCACCUCGGGCGUCCAGCUCGCCAUCUCGCAGUCCAACACGGGCGGCGCGUGGGACAACGCCAAGAAGUACGUGGAGAAGGGCUGCGUCUCGAUCGAGGACAAGGACGGCAAGCUCAUUGUCCAGGGCAAGGGCUCGGCCAUCCACAAGGCGGCCGUCAUUGGCGACACGGUCGGCGAUCCGCUCAAGGACACGUCGGGCCCGGCGCUCAACAUCUUGAUGAAGCUCAUGGCCAUCAUCUCGCUCGUCUUCGGCGACUUCUUCAAGUCGAUCAACAACGGCCGCGGUCUCCUCAACAUCUCGGACAACUAAGCGCCUCCUGCCGAAUCGUCGUACGCGUGGUCUACACUGCGAGUAUAACUGAGAUAGAUAUCACUUUUUUGUCACUUGAAUGGGUCGUGGCGUUGGCUGUGGGGAGGAUCUAUCUAUCUAUCUAUCUAUCUAUCU